UCGGGUGAAACUGAUCUGACAUUUACCCGCAAAACAGGACAUGAAAAUGUUCACAUCGAAAUCAGAUUCGAAGUAGGCGAGCACGGCGACGGUGAUCCUUUCGAUGGACCUGGCGGCACCUUGGCGCACGCGUAUUUUCCCGUGUACGGUGGUGAUGCUCACUUCGACGACGCUGAACGAUGGACCAUCAAAAGCUAUUGCGGUACCAAUCUCUUUCAAGUCGCGGCUCAUGAAUUCGGGCACUCGCUCGGCUUAAGUCACAGCGAUGUCAAGAGUGUCCUAAUGGCACCUUUUUACCGCGGCUACGAUCCACACUUUAUCCUGGAUCAGGACGAUGUCAGCGCGAUUCAGGCUCUAUAUGGAACGAAGAGCACGUCGCGAGGAUCGCGACCUUUGCCGCCUGCCGAAGAAGAUCCUGAACUGUGUAAAGAUCCCAAGGUCGACGCGAUGUUCAACACAAAAGACGGCGAGAUAAUUGCGUUCAAAGGAAAACAUUACUAAAAAUUAACGGACAACGGUGUGGCCAGCGGCUAUCCUAGACGUAUUAGCAGCACGUGGAAGGAGCUUCCGUCAAAUAUAGACGCUGCAUUUACAUACAGGAAUGGCAA